UGACAACGACAGCAGUGACAUCAGCAUAUAUCGGCGGUGACAACGAUAGCAGCAUAUAGUGGCGGUGACAGCGACAGCAGCAUAUAGUGGCGGUGACAGCGACAGCAGCAUAUAGUGGCGGUGACAGCGACAGCAUUACAAGCGACGGCAGCAGCAGCAGCAGCAGGAGAAGCCAGAGAGCGUCUGUCACGGGGUUGGGCCGCACUGCGCAUCAGCUACUUCCCAGGACACCACAUUCUGCCGUCACCUGAGUGAGGAUCAUCUCCAGCAGCACCACCAUGAAGGUCCUUGUGGUCCUGUGCACGGUCGUGUCCUGCCUCGCCUCUGCCCAGCUAUUGCGUGCCGACAAAAUGGAUCUUGGAGUGUACAACCCAGAAACAAAACAUUAUGAAAAGGCUCAGCUAGGACAGGAUGGCCAUGAUGAACAACACCAUGGAGAACCCCUUCUUGGACAAGAUGGACAUGACCAGCAAGACCAUGGCCAGCUUCAACAAUUGGGACAGGAUGGACAUGACCAGCAGCAUCAUGGACAGCCACUUCUUGGAGGAGAUGAUCACGAUUUGGUGCCUCAUGGGCGGUCUGCCUUAGGUGGUGAUGACCAUGACAAAAAAGCACAUAAAAAGAAACAUGGCAAGCAUAACAAGCACAAGGGAAAGAAGAUUCUGGGAGGUGAUGACCAUGACAGAAAGCCUCACAAGAAGCGUGUACUUGGUGGUGAUGAUCAUAACCGGCAGCCUGAUGACAGGCACACACUUGGUGGUGAUGGCCAUGACCUCCAGUCCCAUGACAAGCUGGUUGGAAGUGACAACCAUGAUAAGAGGCCACACAAGAAGCGGAUGUUUGGUCAGGGAAAUCAUGACUACAAGAAGCAUGGCAAGAAAAUGGGAGGUGGUGUCCACGAUUUAACUCAUAUUGGAGUUUUUAAAAACUUCAUGAAGCAGCACAACAAGGCAUACAAGAGCCAGGCUGAAUUUAAAAAAAGGUUCAACAUUUUCCGUCAGAACAUGAAAAAGGUCCAUAUUCUGCAGCAGAAUGAACGAGGCUCAGCAAAGUAUGGCCCCACCAAAUUUGCCGAUCUGACUGAGCAAGAGUUCCGCAAGAUGCUAGGCUUACGUCAUGACUUGAAGCCUGAGUUAUCAUCGAUGAGACCAGCUGUCAUUCCUGAAGACAUUGAAUUACCAAAUGAAUAUGAUUGGAGGAGCCAAGGUGUUGUUACACCUGUAAAAAACCAGGGAAUGUGUGGAUCAUGUUGGGCAUUCUCUGUCACUGGCAAUGUGGAGGGCCAGUGGGCAAUCAGACACAAAAAUUUGAUUUCUCUGUCAGAACAAGAACUUGUUGACUGUGAUACAAGUGACGAGGGCUGUAAUGGAGGCAUGCCAGAGAAUGCAUAUGAUGCAAUUCAGAAGCUGGGUGGAUUGGAAAGUGAAACUGACUACCCGUAUGAUGCCAAGGAUGAACAAUGCCACUUCAACAAGUCUAUGGUUAAGGUGACUGUCAAUGGAUCUGUGGAACUGCCUCAAGAUGAAAUUGCUCUAGCUAAGUGGCUCACAAAGAAUGGGCCCGUGUCUAUUGGCAUUAAUGCCAAUGCCCUCCAAUUCUAUGUUGGAGGAGUUUCCCAUCCCCUUAAGUUCUUGUGCAACCCUAAGGACUUAGACCAUGGCAUGCUCAUUGUUGGCUAUGGUGUGCACACUUAUCCAGUGUUCAAGAAGACUCUGCCAUUCUGGAUUAUUAAGAACUCUUGGGGAGAGGAUUGGGGUGAACAGGGUUACUACCGUGUAUAUCGUGGAGACGGAACAUGUGGUGUCAACCUGAUGGCUACCAGUGCUCUUGUUCCUUAAGGCAAUCAACUUUCUACCACCAUCAUUUGAGAAAGAAUAUUUCAUUUGUUAAACUAGAAAUCAGCUGAUUAAAUUCUUUUGUCAUACAAUAGGUUUAUUGUGUCUAGCUUUUUCUUGUCUCUUGUUAUGUGCAAUCAUAGUCCAAUAGCCUAAAAAUGUUGUCUUGGGUAUAGGAUCUUGAAAGUAUGUGAAUAUCUUUGAGAUGAAAACUUCAAAAAUGAUUUUUUAACUUAUCUUGAUGGGAAUCUAGAAUGUUUGUUUGUUGUACAAGUGUAGGUUGAAGACCAUUAGUGCAUGUAUAUCAAUUUUGAGCAGCUGAUAAUGCAUUAAGCAUUUUUGUUUUAGCAAAUAUUUUAAGUAUGUAAUCUGCUUGCAUUACUGAUAAUGUCUCACAGUAGUGGAUGUAAAGCCAUUAGCUACACUAUAGUACCAUUGGUAAGGUGAUUAUCAGUUAAAUACAUUAUAUUAUAUAUAUAUAUAUCUAUA